AUGCAGUGCCAUGUUGGCUGGCUGGCUGCUGUGCUGGUGCGCUGGCAGGGUCUUCACGAAGAUUUGCAUGCCACCACGCAUCCCAUAGAAUCCAUACGAGACACCGUGGUAGCCGGCCCAGUCAAUCUAGAGAGGAGGCAAAAAAUUCCGCUGGUCGUAGGAACAGACACGACCACGGGCUCUCCUCUCUCCCUCUCCUCCGGAUCCGAGCCGCCAGAGGCGCACGACCUGCGCGACGCUCGAUCCGGUGCCGCGCCGGCCGCCGACCGAUGGCCGACGCCGGUGAUCGGAGCACACUGCACCACCGGUCUGCCUCAGCUCCCCCUUUCCUUUGCGCGCCCGAGCUACUCGCUGUACGCCGCCCGGGAGGGCUCGCGCUCGCCGCUCGACCAAAGCCACCGCCGGCCGGUCCGGUGCCGCGCCGGCCGCCGGCAGAUGGCCGACGGAGGUGUUCGAAGCAUCCUGCACCACCGUGAAGUAGCUACUGAGCAGUGAGGCCAUCGAGCGACACCAGACCGCGGGACAGCGUGAGAAGAGGCAGGGGGUGUCUGGCGGGAUGGGGAAGACCACGAGGAAGUGUGGCGAUGGAGUGCAAUCCCGAAGAAGAAGAACAUUGCAAAGAAAGACCCUAGCCAAGCGCCACCCAAUUCUCUUUCAUUG